GCAAAGUGACUCCAAGCCUUCUCCGUCCUUGGAUUUGGGACCCUUCUUGCUUCUGCACCCUGAGAUGGAGCCCUUGGGGACGUGCACUGCUCUCCUGGUCAUCGGGAUAAUAUCCCUCCUUCUUCUUUCUGCCAUCUGGAAUAGCAAGAUGUACAGAAAAGGGAGAAUGCCCCCCGGCCCCACUCCGCUGCCCAUCGUUGGGAAUGUUCUGCAGCUGAAGGGCAAACAAUGGGAUCGGGUGUUCUCCAAGAUAAGUGAGAAGUAUGGACCCGUGUUUACACUUUAUUUGGGGACGAAACCUGUUGUGGUGCUGCAUGGCUUUGAGGCCAUCAAAGAAGCACUGAUUGACCAGGGCAACGACUUUUCUGCAAGGGCAAAAAUACCGUUCGCAGACCAAUUCUUUGAAGGAAAAGUUCCAGGGAUCAUAUUCAGUAAUGGGAAGACAUGGAAGCAGAUGCGGCGUUUUACCUUGACCACCUUCCGCAACUUUGGGAUGGGGAAGAAGAGCAUUGAGGAGAGGAUGCAGGAGGAAGCUCGGUAUCUCAUGGAACAAUUCCAUGGCUCAAAGGGCCAACCCUUUGACCCACACUACCUCGUCACCUCUGCUUCCUUCAAUGUCAUCAGUAACGUCAUCUUUGGAAAGCGCUACGGAUAUGACGACAAGAAGCUUCAAACCUUGAUUGCCAUGCUUGAUGAAAACAUUAAGAUUUUCAACUCUAUUUGGGCACAGCUUGUCAGUGUCUUCCCUGCCCUCAUGGAAUGGGUCCCAGGGCCCCAUCAGCACGUAAUACAAAGCUAUGUCAAAUGCAGAGAAUUCAUUUUGGAGGAAGCCAAGGAGCACAGGGCUACUCUGGACCCCAACUCACCUCGGGAUUUCAUCGACUGCUUCUUUAUCAGAAUGGAUCAGGAGAAACACGACGAGGCCUCGGAGUUCACGAUGGAGAACAUGGUUUCCUGCUGCAUUGAUGUAUUUGGUGCAGGAACUGAAUCAACCAGCUCCACACUCCAACAUGGCCUCCUGAUCCUCCAGAAGCACCCAGAGAUUGAAGAGAAAGUGCAGGCAGAGAUUGACCGCGUGGUUGGCCGCUCUCGGAUGCCCGGCAUGGCUGACCGUGGACAGAUGCCCUACACAGAUGCGGUCAUCCAUGAGAUCCAGAGGUCCCUCUCUAUUGCUUCAGUGUCCGUCCCCCAUGCCAUGGUCAAUGACACACCAUUCAGAGGAUACAUCAUCCCCAAAGGCACCACAAUCUUUCCUGUUCUAAUCUCGGUGCUGCAUGAUGACAAGGAAUUUCCCAACCCCAAAGAGUUUGACCCAGGACACUUCCUAAACGAAGAUGGGACCUUCAGGAAGAGUGACUACUUCAUGCCCUUUUCGGCAGGGAAACGGAUCUGUGUAGGGGAAGGCCUGGCCCGCAUGGAGCUCUUCUUGUUCUUCACCUCCAUCCUCCAGAACUUCAAGCUGAAACCCAUCACAGACCCCAAGGACAUUGAUGCCACACCGCUGAUGAAACCCAUGAGCAGAUUCCCCCGACCCUAUAAGUUCUGUGUUAUCCCUCGCUGAAAAGCUCCUUCCUGGGGAAAGUCAUGGAUCACUGCACACACUCAGCUUUGGCUUCUUUGUUAAACAACUAUCCUAGACCUUCUUUGUGAGGCAACAAUACUAGAGAUGUCUGAAAGCCAUUCCAGCCUUCAGCAAA